ACGCUACUUCGUUUACGUCGUUUGGCGCCAGCAAGGUUUUUUCGCGGGGUGGAAGGAUCACAACGCUUUGAUGAGAGCACAGCUGUAGUGGGAUUUUGUAGCUUUCUCAGUUAAAUAUGACAACAUCAAUGGUAUAUUGUCAGUAAUUUUCAUCGUUUCUUAAAGAACGUUGAGUGUGUGAAGAUGAUGGCGACAGUGUCCCUCUCGGGCGCCAGCCUCAUUCCCCUCCUGGACUGUCUCGAGGAUACGACAGCUGGGCAGUCUGAGCAGACAGAUGCCUACCUCACCAUUGUUAGUCGUCUUAGUGGUGAAGAUGGACAGCAGUACCAUGCUGUCAUCGUGAAGCACUUUCCUCGUCUUGGUAAAAUCAUCCAGGCUCACAUCAGCAGUGAGAAUGCGGAGCUGAGCCAGGCAGCACUGCAGACCCUAGGCCUCUGUGUGUUCUACCCACACAUUGUGGCUGCCGUCCCAGAUGAUUUUGCAGAGGAUAUGCUCACAGCACUUACAGAUCUGGUGGUGAAGUCGUCUGAGAAGAACACCUGCACUCGAGCAUUAUGGGUCAUCUCCAAACAGAACUUCCACGCCGAUAUAAUCGGCAAGAAAGUACCUGACAUCUUAACAGUUCUUGAGGCUGUGAGGAACAGAGAGGACAUCCAGUCUGUCGUCAUGGAACAUGAAGCAAUAAAUGUCAUCAUUAGGUUGAUCGAGCAGGCUCCUGCCCCGAUGACCGAAGGUGCUGUUCAGUGGGCCAAACUGGUUGUCCCACUGGUGGUCCACUCGGCAUCAAAGGUGCGCCUGCGAGCGGCUGCCGCCCUGGAGAUGGGCUUGCCCCUUAUUCUGGAGAAACAGGAAGAGGUUGCAGCAAUGAUCGAGCCCAUGAUGGCAACGAAACUAAUACCUGAACUUCAGAAGCUUUUCAACAACAAAAAUGAAACAAACGUGCUUAAACUCUGGACUUUAUUUGUGAAAAUACUUGGGAAGAUGCUUCAUCGAGGAGGUUCCUUCAUAAACUCCUUGCUCUACUUGGAGGAGAUGGGCUUCCGAAGCUCCUCCCCAAGCGUGAAGAAGAUUGCUUUCUUUGCCUGGAAGAGCCUGAUUGACAAUUUUGCACUUAAUCCUGAGAUCCUGUGCAGUGCGAAGCGCCUAAAGCUCAUCAUGCUGCCGCUCAGCUCCAUCCAGGUGAAGACGGAGCCUCUGCUCCUCACCAAGAUCAACGUCUGGUGGUACCUGGUCGUCAAGCUGGGGCCCAACCUGGCCACCAACUUUGAGCAGGUUGGUGUUGCACUGCUGCAGAGCACAAUUCCAGAAUCCACACUCCUGUCUCCUACCGCAGCAUCCACCCCCAAUCGAAGUAUCGGCAACAGGAGCACCUUUCUCGUCACCACUCCCAAAGCAGGGACACUUGUGAGCAGCAGUCCAUCCCCCAGUCCCUCCUCGGCCACCUUCCCCUGUGUGCAGCUGCUGGGCCUGGAGAUCCUUCUGCACUACUUGCUCGGGCCGCAGGUCCUCGCCAUAAAGACCAAGCUCCAGCUCUGCCUUGAACCACUGACGCACCCUCUUAUGAGCAGCACCUCGUUCUUCACCAAGCACUCCUCUGUCUUCCUGUCAUAUGUCAGGAACGGGUUCAUUGCUGUUGGCAAAGAUACCCCAGGAAUGCUUCUUCACAUUAUUUGGAAGAACCUGGUUGGUCAGGUUUGCAAAACUGUUGAGUCAGGCGGUAAUAAAAAGGAUCGACAGGGGUCCGAGAUGCUGACCUUGUUGAUGCAGUCCCUACGGUCCAUUCUGCUGUCUGAAACCCUGCCAGCUAAACAAGCCCUGGACCUAUUGGAAACCACAGUGAAGGGCAUCCCAAAGAAAGUGCUUGGCUCUGCCGCCUACCAAGUGGCUGACAUGGACAUACUGAAUGGCACCCCUGCUCUUUUCCUGAUCCAUCUCUUCUACGACAGCAAACAUCUUUCAACAUUUGUGGAAGACGAGAAGUUCUUUACGAGCUUGGAGACCCUGCUGUCCUGUGGCCUGUCAGGGCCCACCUCACCCCUGGUGUUUGCAGAGGCGGUGCUGGAGACAGCGAGCCGUGAUGCAGGCACCCUGGAAAACAAAGAGCAUCUCUGGAGGAUGUGGAGUGUGGUGGUGAACCCGCUGACAGACACGAUUACGCAGUCCAACGAGGUCAAUCAAGGGGAUGCCCUGGAGCACAACUUCAGCGCCAUUCACAACGCCUUGAUGUUCCCGAUCUCCCACCUGCUACCUGGCAAAGCUCUCCCACAGAUGACCCAGAAGACCCUGUUGGGCUCGUGGUCCCGACUCUACAUGGUUUUUGCCCGGUGUUCUGCCCUGGUGGCCACUGCUGAGGAGAACGUGUGCUGUGAGGAGCUGUGUGUCAAGAUGUCUGCUGCUCUAGAUGAACUGGAUUUGUCAGAUCCUCCAGUGCUGGAUGCUAUUGUAAGCAUCCUUCACACCAUCAUUGAGAGUGUUGACUUCUCACCAUUCACCCCUCAGUUCCAGCAUAAGAUGAAAUCUCCUCGUACUCCUCUGGGCUGGGUAAGGAAAAAGAAUAAAGCACUGGGCAACAUCUCCGGUUUUCAUCUGUUACUAGUGCAGUGUCUAGAAGCAUUCCUUGCGUUGGACCCAACCAAGUUGGCUGCUGAUGGUUCUGGUGUCACACUGAGUGGUGUUGGCACUGCGCUCAUCAACAUUGUGUCCAAAAUCUUCUCCAACUUGGCCCUGCCCACAGUUAUUCAAGAAGCAUUCUCCAUUCUGGCUCAACCUUUGGUCAACAUCUAUAGGCUUACUGGAAGCACUGAAAAUGAGAAGUCCAAAGCCUACUCAGUCCUUGCACAAAAAUUGGAGUGCCUCCUAGGGGACGUGUUGAGAUGUCUGCAGUCCCGUUCAGCCCUACAGUAUGAUGAUGACAUGCUGUCUCUGCUGACCCCUCUGCUCUGUGAGCUGUUCCCACACAAGAGCAAGCAGAUCCGCAGCCUUGUCACCCAGUUCUGGAAUGCCACAUUUGCCAAUGCCCCUGUUCUAAACUACCCAGAGAAACUAAGGCCAAUUUUAAGCCAGGUAAAACAGAAGACCCCUAUUAUCUUACCUGGGUUUCAGUCUGUGGAAGUACCAGAGGACAAUAGUGGAGAGUAUAGUAGUGAGUGUUCUCAGAUGGAAACCCAGAUCAGUGGUGUGACUGUGACAUCUGCGAAGAAGAGGGAAUCUUUGCUAAACAGAGCUGUUGAAUCAAAGAGCUCCGGAACGCCUGCUAAGCCUGUAUCUGUCAAGCUUGACUUUGGAUCACCGAAGCUGCCCCGUCGGAAGGUGCUGGAGGAGGAGGCCUCUGUAGAUUUUGUGUUCAUUCCUCCCGAAACGAAGGAGACCAGGGUGUUAACCGAGCACCAAAAGGAGGUCAAAAGGACUAAAAGGGUUGAUAUCCCUGCCAUGUAUAACAACCUGGAUGCCUCCUUGGACACAACCGCCUUCACCCAGUACACCCAGAGCCAGGAGGAAUCCAUGGACAAAUUGUCUGCAGAUGACCCAACUGCAACCAUUGAAAAGGACAAGGCUUUGCCUGAGACCUCCAAAGAAAAUACAGACACCGUGGUUUCCCCUGUUGUGGAUUCAGACAAGGCCAAGGAUCAACGUGAAAACGGGAGCUGCAUGGCUGAAGCAGUUCAAGAACCCACAACAGAACUGGACGUCCCUCUUGAAGGUGAAGAGGCUCUAUCAACAUCUGCUGAUGUGUCCAUGCAGGAUAUUGAUGGGCAAGAGCAAGACGCUUUCAAAGAAGACAAUAAUGAGGACAAGACUCCAAUUAAAGAAGAUGCCAGUUCCAAUAAACAGGACAGUCCUAAUGUAUCUGGGUCAUCUGAUAUGAUCUCUGGUACACCCCAGAAAGCCAAUAGCCGUCGACAGUCUUUCAUUACCUUGGAAAAGUAUGCUGAAGGCAGACCUGCCAGCCCCAGCCCCGUCAGUGCAACUCGAUUUACUGGUCCCCUUGCGAAGAACUCCGAGAGCCAGGAAACGCAGGAAAAGUCCCAGGAGUCCGCUGCACAUAGUCCACACAGCCUACUGGAAGACACCAGUCAAGAAGUCUUUAUAGAGCAAGAUAUGUCCCAGAACCAUUUGGAAGGGUGUUCUGGAGAGGAUUUGAAAGAAAUUGAAGAUGUCUCAGAAGAUUUGAAGCCCUCAACCGAACGCCCCAGUGGAAGCACAGAGGAUGAGGAUGUCAUUCCAGAUACCCAGACAAAGAUGCUGAAGGAGGAUGUGGCUGCCAAUGUUAGUCCCCCUCCAAAAGAUGAUGUAGGUGAGCCUACGUUGAAAGAAGAAACAGAUGUCGGCACAGACUCUCAGCCUUCUGAGUCCCCUCUCCUACAAAUCCGAGGAGAUCUGGGCGACAAAGAUCCAAACCUGGCGGAGACUCAGAGGAAAGAAGGUAAAAAUAAAACACGGUUGAAAAGGGCAGCUGCUGAUGAUCAGAACCGUUCAGUAUCCAAAGAAUCCACUCUUACCCCGUCUCCAGAAACGGAUAGUCAAUCCAAGGGUAGACCAGCAAGAAGGGGUAAGCUGGCUGAAGCAGAAAAUGUUGACACUGUGAAGAUGAGAAAACGUCUUAGAGGGGACAAUGAAAACAGUCAGAGUGAUUCACAAACUGUUAAAGUGGAUAGCCCAAAAUCCAGAAGAAGUCAGACAGAGCUGCUAAUUGCUACCCACACCUCAUUUCGUCCCUUAAAUAGCCAACCACUGGAUAGACCAGGGAGGAGAACUAGAUCAAUCCAGGGCACAGACUCUCAGCAGUUGAGCGGUGAAACUGAAGUAUCUGGUCAGUCACAGGGCAGACCAAUUAGGAAGACAAGACAAUCUGAAACCUCAAAUCUGCAGAAUGAAAGUCAAAGCCAAAGUCAGAGCGACUCUGAGCAACUUUCAAGUCCGGCUAAUUUCAGAGGUAGAGGUAGACCCAGGGGAACGAGAACGCUGGGCAGUGAAGAAGAGGUAUCCAAGAACAAUUCACAAAAUGCCCAAGUAGAAAACUUUGAGGUAAAAAAAACACGGAGGUACCACCAGCUUCUAUCUUCCAAUGUUGCGAACGCUGAUGCUUCGGAGACUAGAGAUGAUGUGCAGAUGUCUACAAAGAGGGGCAGGAGGCUAUAUUCUUUGAGUUCAAAGCUAAGUCACAGUCCAAUAAAUAUUGCACAAACAACAAGCACAGAGAUGUCAAACUCUGCACCCCAACAGAGCCCUUUAAAGAGUAGGUUUUGUCCUAGCAGUGAUUUUGUCGUCAGUGAUGAUGACCAAAUGUCCCAAGACGAGGUAGAAACUGUUAUUGAAGAGAAGAAUGACAUACAGGAAGAAGUAAUGGACACACAGAAGAACAACAAUGAACUCGUGCAAGAGGAGGAUGACAAACGGGCAGAAGAAAACAGUGAGGAGCCUGUAGUAAUAGCAGCAACCACACCAAGCUCACUCUGUAUAGAAGAUGUAAAUGAAGGUGUAGAUGUAAUAACAGGCACAGAUACUAAAUCAGAUGAUGCGUUGGAGGUUUCACCUGGUAGUCAGACCUUGAGGGUAGUAAAGAGGGUAGUGGUGGUCAGACAUAAGAAGCUUGAGGAUAGUAAAGAGGUAGUGGUGGAGGUGAACACCGGUAUUGAGAGAACUGAUUCUUCUUCAGACAUGAUGAAAUCUGACUCCAAAGGUCCACAUUCACAUAGUGGCCCAAGUAAAUCUGAUGGGACAAAGGAAAUUAGUUGUCCAGUGCAUAGGAAAAAGGGCGGUGGACGUCGACGCUCCAAGGGCUGCAUUUGCAAUCUUGGAGUAAAGUCUGAUGCGCUUAGCCAAAGUGAGUCACAAGCGUCCCAGGAAAAUUACACCAAUUCAGUUGACAACAACCAGUUGUCCUGUUACUCUGAGGAAAUGGCCUCAGAGGAAGUGAAGGCAGUUGGGAAUGAAACUGGACUUCCAGACUCUAAGGUACCAGAGACUGAACCUAAUGACACUUUGCCUACAUCUCUGCCAGUUAAAAUCCCAGACAUGCUUUCUGAGGAAGCUGUUGAGGGGGCUGUUUUGACACCAGAAUCAAUUGAGAAGGAUAAGGGUGAGAAUGCUGUCAAAGAGGAAUCACAAGAUGAGCUGAAGGAAAAUAAAGGGGCUUCUGAAGUGCUGGAAGGCUCUGAGUUUGUCAGUGUCAAAGAACAGAAUGAGGAGGUGGCUUCUGUAGAACCAAUGGAAGCCCAAAGCCUCAGCAAGGAAGAAGAGCACUUGGCAGAGUCUCCUGUCAGCCCCACAGAAGAGACUAUGAAAGUACAAAACAUCAUAACUACUAAUGAUGAUGGGGUUGCCCCUCUUGAGGAGGAUCCAAAAGGGGUGGUGGAAGAGGAGGAAGAAAUGCAAAUACAUCACAUAAACCCAACGUUGGUACAAAUUGAGACCUCUGAACCAGCCGUAGAGACCUCUGAACCAGCCGUAGAGACCUCUGAACCAGCCGUAGAGAACUCUGAACCAGCCGUAGAGAACUCUGAACCAGCCGUAGAGAACUCUGAACCAGCCGUAGAGAACUCUGAACCAGCCGUAGAGACGUCUGAACCCGCCGUAGAGAACUCUGAACCAGCCGUCGAGACGUCUGAACCAGCCGUCGAGACCACUGGACCAGCUGUAGAGACGUCUGAACCCAUAGAACCUCUCAAAACUGCUGAUGAGACGGAUGUGUUCUUAGACUCUCCACCGAAGCAGAAGUGUUUGGAUGCCAUCAGUGGCGAGCCGGAGGCGGGCCAGAGCCCCAGCAGCAGGAGGACCGGUGGGGUGUGGUCGCCGUCUGCAUCCCCUUCCACUAGCAUCCUGAAGAAAGGCCAGAAGAGACCAACUGAGGAGGAGUCUCCCUCACCCCUCCACAAGUCCCGACGAGUGUCCUUUGCUGACCCAAUUUACCAUCAAGAGUUGGCAGAUGAUAUUGACCGCCGCAGCCCCGUAAUUCGGACCAGUUCACCAAGAUCCAAGAGUUUUGGUGGUCAGCCAAGGUUCAUAACGACUCCAACAAAAGGUUUAUUGAACUUCAGUCCUCGUAACCUUCGGAGCCCUGGGUACAAGAGCUCUAAGAAAUGUCUGAUCUCAGAAAUGGCUCUGGAGCCUCGGCCCAUUCCGAAGGACUGUGUAUACCCUGCCCUGGUUGGCUGCUCAACUCCUGUGGAAGCGGUGUUACCACAGAUCUCCUCCAACAUGUGGCCCCGUGGCUUCGGGCAACUUGUACGAGCCAGGAACAUCAAAACAGUGGGUGACCUCAGUGCCCUUACGCCAACUGAAAUUAAAGCACUUCCUGUUCGUUCCCCAAAGUUGUCUAAUGUGAAGAAGGCACUUAAAUCAUACCAUGAACAACAGCGAAAGGUUCGUUGUGAUGAGCUUAAAGGCUUUGACGAGAUGGAGAAAAUGACGUCUGAGCCUGAAGAGCUUGAAUUACCCGAAAAUCAAGAAGAGGAAAAGACACCGGCGGAAGCACAAGAGGUGAUGACAGAGGAGCCCUCCACAGCUGAGCAGCCGCCUGAGAGCCUGUUGUGUGAUGUCCAGACCGUCGGGGAACGCUUCAGCCCAGAGGAGCUGGCCCGCUGUACUCCAGACCAGUUGGCUGUGAUGUACGGGCAGCUGAGUCAGAUGAUGAAGUCUGUUGUGGAUCGGCUGGUGGCCACCUCGAACAGUGUGCCUUGAAAUCAGCGCAAUGCCUUUUUUUUUUUUAAAGGGACUUUUGGAUGAUGGGGUUGAUGAGCUGCGAGUUCAGCCAACUCAGCUAGAAUGAAUUGUAUAGUUUUAUCUGCCAUCUCCUUGAAAAACAGUGACUAAACUACAAAUCAGUGACUAAACUACAAAACACAUGGACCGGAAUGAUGCCUUUUAGACAUCUUUUAAAUGAUGCAUUUUAGUGGACAUAACAAGACAUUUCUUUCUUUUCUCCUUUGUUUUUCUUUUUGUUUUUAAACUUGAUGUGCAUAGACUGAGCUAUGGAUAGCACAUUUUUUAAUGGCAAUCAUUGCUGAAAAUAAAGGGUUGAAAUUGA